GCUGGACAUACUCUAUUGUACCGUCAGCAGAUCACUUUGGUGCAUUAUUGCAAAUUUGCAAUCCGCUCACGCUCAGACUGUUGAAUGCAUCCAUCCAUCUAGCUAGGAGCUUGGAUAGCAUAGGCGUUCCAUGUCACACCUCGCAUACUGUGCACAGUGUGAUGUGAUCCACAGAAUUUUCUUGUGAAGUAACAAGUACCGGACGGGACGUGGUGCGUGCCAAACUGAAAACCUCGGCAUGUGAGAAUGAUUUUAUGCGCACUCGCACCAGCUUCUGAAUGGCCAUGCAAAAGUUUCUGAUGAAUACUCCCAAGAAUGAACUCUGAGCCUGAUCCUGUCUGUCACUGUCAGGCUACGUUACACGAGUACGGAUACGAGUAUCGGAUACAAUACGUAUCGGAUACACAGAUACGCACUUUCUAAAAAUAAAACCCACUAAAAUAGUGUAUCCGAGUAUCCGUAUCCGCGUAUAUCGGAUACGGAUACGUCACCCCUUUGAGUAUCCGUCUAACAUAGCUGUCAGCCGAUCCUCGCCCGUGACGUGAGCAGGCGACGAGAAGAGCAGAGACUGCGUCAGCAGACGAAUCAGAUCUACCUGCUCCUGCUCCAACGAGUAAUCUGAUAGCUGCUUGCUUCCUCUCUUCCUCUGCUCUGCCCGUGGAGUGGAUCCAAGCAGAGCUGGGCAUUGCACUUCAGCCGAGCACGCACAGGAGGAAGCCAAGUAGAGCGAGGCACCGUUGACCGACCAAGGAGAUGGCGCUGGGAUCGGAGUCACAGGCGGCGACGACCGCGGACCCGUCGUGUCCGCCGUUCCCUCUCCUGGAGGACGACGGAGGCCACAUCCACGAGCAGGAGCAGGAGGUCCCAAGUGGAGCCGAGCUGGAGCUCCCGACCGUGGACCUGGAUGCUCCGGGGGAGGCGCUGGCAGCAGCGUGCCGGGGACUCGGCGUGUUCCGCCUCGCCAACCACGGCGUCCCCGCGUCGCUCUCCGCGCGGCUCUUCGCGACGGCGCGGGCCGCGCUGGCCGGGGCGCCGUUCCACGACAAGCGCGCGCAGCCGGGCUACUUCUGGGGCACGCCGGCGCUCUCGCUCCGCGUCCGGGACGUCAACUGGGUCGAGGGCUUCCACGUCGCCCUGGGGGGCCACCAGCAGCCCGCCCCCGGGCCGCCGCUCGGCGACCUACUUGACCUCGCGGCGGAGUACGGCGCGCACAUGGCGCGGGUGGCGCGGGCGCUCUUCGACGCGCUCGCCGCGCCGCUGGGCCUCGGCGCAGACCAGGCAGCGACCUACCUCGCGGAGCGCGACGGGUUCCUGCGGGUGUACCGCUACCCGCGAUGCCCGGAGCCCGGGCACCUCGGGAUGGAGGCCCACACGGACAGCUCCGUGCUCUCCGUCAUCAACCAGGACGCCGUCGGCGGCCUGCAGGUGUUCCACGACGGCGCGUGGCGCGACGUCGCGCCGGGAGCCGGCGAGACGGGCACGCUGCUGGUCAACCUGGGCGACAUGGCGCGGGCCAUCAGCGGCGACGCGUACUGCAGCGUGCGCCACAGGGUGGCGGCGAGCCAGGCGGCGGAGAGGCUCUCGCUCUGCUACUUCGCGUUCCCGCAGGACGACGCCGUCAUCAGCUGCGCUGGCGGCAGGUACAGGCCCUUCACCUACGCCGAGUUCCGGGAGCAGGUGCAGGCCGACAUCAAGGCCACUGGGUCCAAGGUCGGCCUCGAGCGCUUCCUUCUUCGCUAAUGGAGACCGAUCCGACAAGUAGAUAACCAUUAUAUAUAUAUAUAUUUUUUUUAAAAAAAACCUGCAACGCAGAAGCCUGUAGGAGCACCUCUCGCUGGUCCUCAUGGCACUGUAACUGUGUCCAUUGCCGGAGCCAAUGCAUUCAACAUGGUACUCAGCUGGACAGGUACUGAACCUGCCAUUGCUGUUUAAGGUGCAUCUUGUGCAUGCACAGGUAGGAGGAUGGUUAUGGAGUGCAUUGGAUUGAUGCUGAAUUUUCUGCCAGUCUGAAUCGCAGUACCGUGCUGGAUACAAGACUGAAUCAAAAAAGGUGCACCUGAAACAGGCUGUUGUAGUGGGUUCUGGUACAGAGGUGGAUCAGAGUAUGCUAAUGAUCUUUCGUUGGGUGUGAAAUUUGGAAGAGAGCUUGUGAACUCUCCUGUGUAUGUCCUUACCCCUGCUCAGCAGAUCUUUCAUCAAACUUUGAUUGUUCUUCAUAGAUUUAUUGUCAGUAUACUUGCAGUCAUCCUUAUGUCCCAUUCUGUUGUGCUUGCGGAGGAGGUGUCAAAGAUUGCUUCUACAUACAGCGAUGAUUUAGAGUUGCAGUGGAUUGGUUAUUUGCUUUUUUGGAUUUGGAUUUGCUUUGUUAAGCUCUUCAGAUGGUUUGUUAUCUUUGGGAAGGCCAUAAAAGUAGGCCACAUGUUGCUAGUGUUGGUUAGUUGACUCAUCAGUAAUUAUCAAUCACAGAUUAUUGUUUGGUGAAUCGAGUAAGGCAGUGAUAAUGUGGUAUGCAUGCUAUCUUAGGUCGAGCAAAGGAGCAAAUUUUGCAGACUAGUUCUCCACACUGGUUUGGUUUUUUAUUUCAUUGUUCGACGGAGUACAAAUUCACCGUUGAGUUAUGGUCUAAUCAUGAAACUUCACAAAUCAUGAAACUAAUGCUACGCUGUUUAGUCUUUUCUGGUUGUGAUCUGCCGACUUCAGUUCAGAGUUCAGACUACCUGGGUUUGGUGAUACUUCUGAGUGCAUAGGGUGAGAAUGAGAACUGCUAAAAAAUCUGCCUUUUUAAUUCCCACAAUCCUCCCUAAUUAGGAAUUACCUCCAUUCUCCAAUGACCAUGGGGGACUGUUUAUCUGAACAAGCGUCUGAGGGGAUAAGAGUAUCUAAAUCUGGAGAACUGGUUAAUACUGCUGAAAUUUAUUCGAAGCAGUUGAUCCAAUUGUUGACUCCAGAAAUGAGAUGAUGUCUUUUUGCCCUCAUUUUGCAUGUAAUAAUAGUACCCGAAACACUGCUGCUGAAAAUAGGCAGCAAAGAUCAUUGAACACAUUUGAUUUGAGAGUGAGAUCAUUGAAAUUUAUUCAGUACUCAUUGCAGUGCUCAUGGGUUUCCAUGGCAUAACAUAACAUAAGCAUUUUGAGAGUGAGAU